CAGUCUGGACCAGGAUGAAGAUGCUGCAACAGCUCGUACUGCUCUCCGCAGCGGCGUGCGUCGCUGCCAAGACUCUGAGCAACUCCAUCGACAGGAACAAACUGCUGCUGAUCUCAUUUGAUGGUUUUAGGUGGGACUACGACCAAGAUGUGGAUACCCCCAACCUGGACCAGCUGGUGGUGGACGGCGUCAAGGCCAAGUACCUCACCCCCCCAAUGCUGACCAUGACUUCACCAUCUCACUUCACCACAAUCACAGGCCGGUGGGUUGAGGACCAUGAGGUGGUUCACAACAUGAUGUACGACACAGAGACCAACCUGAAAGUUCCACACAAAACAACUCUGACAAAGUCGGAGUGGUGGGACAACGGAACUCUGCCCUUAUGGAUCACAGCACAGGACCAGGGUUUGAAAACUGCUUCCUUCUUUUUCCCUGGAGGGGGCGCCAACUACAGCGGUCAGGCAGUCAACAGAGUCGUGGUGCAGAACUCCGGCCAUCCAGACGACAACGAGACAGAGUGGAUUCAAAACAUUGACAAGGUGAUGAGCUGGUUCUCAGAGGAGGACUUUGACUUUGUGGCACUGUACUACGGUGAGCCGGACAACGUGGGCCACGCCAAGGGUCCAAAUCAUCCGGACAGGAAGAAAAUCAUCCAGCAAAUCGACCGUACCAUUGGCUACCUCAGGAGGGCCAUUCAACAACACGGCCUGACCAACAGCCUGAACGUCAUCAUUACCUCUGACCACGGCAUGACCACCAUCAAGAAGAGACCCAUGGUGGACGAGAUCAUCCUUAACAAAUACCUGAACCUAAUAACGCUCAACAGCUUUGAGAUCCUGGACUAUGGCGGCUUCGGCAUUCUGAAACCACGGCCAGGGAAGGAGCAGGAGGUCUACAAGAAAGAUGAGAUGCCUGAGAGUUUUCAUCUCGGGAAAAGUCAACGGUUGCCACCAAUUGUGGUCAUUGCAGAUCUGGGAUUCAACCUAAACUCGAGAUUCAUCGUCUACGUCAACAAAGGAGAUCACGGCUUCCACAACGGUGAGAUGGACAUGAAGACCAUCUUCAGGGCAUUUGGACCCGACUUUAAGAAGAACCUCCUGACUGAAGCGUUCGACAGCAUCCACAUUUACCCUCUAAUGUGUCGACUGCUGCAGAUCCAGCCUGCUCCACACAACGGUUCCCUGGCUGUGACCCAGGAGAUGCUGAUCAACAACAGUGGAUCCAGGUCCUCGGUCGGGGUUUCUGGUUUUCUGCUUCUCCUGCUCGUCUUCACCAUGGUUUAUUGAUCCUGAUCCUUAUUGAUCCUCCAACACGUUUAGCUGAUCGUGGAUCUGAUCCAACUGAUCCUGGAUCGCACACAAUCGAUCCUGGAUUUGCUCCAACUGUUCUUGGAGUAGAUCAAAGACAUUCACCAUCCGAUCUAACCGGUUUUGGAUCAGGUCUAACCGCUUGUGAAGAGGAUCCAACUGAUCUUGGGUUUGGUCUAACCAAUCCUGUGGCAGAUCUAAUUGCUCAGCGUGAUUCUGGAUCUGAUCCAACUGAUUCUGGAUGAGAAACAACUCGUACUGGAUCAGAUCCAACUGAUCCACCUGAUUUUGGAUCAGAUUUAGAUCAGCCACCAUCAGAUUUGACUAAUCCUGAAGAUCAAGUGGAAUUUAAAAAAAUACAGCAUCAGCAGCAGUUUUUGUUUGAGUUACUUUUUCUUUGCCAUCGUCCAAAUUGACCUAUAAAAACAUCACUGAUCACUUUAGCGCAUCAUCAUUACUUAUGAUCAAAGGAUUCGCUCCAAAACCAGGAUCAAAGUCCCGAAGACAAAAAUCGGUGACCAUCGUUUGAGCCAGUUCCUUGACCAGACCUGCCCGGUCCUGGAC